AUGGCUGAAAUAGUAGAGAAGAUUCAAAGAGUUUCCUUGAGGGUCGACACUAAGGAUUCAUGGAGGUGGCACAAGAGUGUGUACACAACUAAAGACGCAUAUUCACUAAUCAUGGAGGGGCUGGUUACUCAUGUAGGGGAUGAUAAGGAAUUGGUUGCAGUAUGGAGUAAAUUAAUCCCUCCGAAGGUCUCGGUUUUGGCUUGGAGAGUGUGGCAAAACAGAAUUCCCACUAGAGAUAACCUAGUUAAGAGAGGCAUCUUGGUUGAUUCUCAAAAUUCAUGCCCAUUUGGCAGCGGUGAAGAGGAAAGUGUCGCUCACAUUUUCUUCGAAUGUUCGUUAGCUUGGAAUGCAUGGAGUGAGGUCUUAAGAUGGCUCGGUUUCUUAUAUGUUUCUCAUAACUCCGCAUUGCAGAAUUUCAAUCAUUUUGCAGUUAUCACCAGUACCGGGAGAGUGUUAAAGACAGACUUACCGUCAUUUGGUUUGCGUGUCUUUGGACAAUUUGGAAAAGGAGGAACGCGGAGAUUUUCAGCACCCCUGAUCGAUGUAGAAAUCCCAGCAUACUCGAUAUUUAGGAGAUCUCUUAGAAAUAGCUAA